AUGGACUUUGACGAAUCAUCCACCAAGCUCAUCCCUCCAGAGUUUCUCGCAGUCGUCCUUGCAGGAUUCGGAAAUGAGCAAGUAUUACUGCCCUUGACCGGUAAUUAUGGCGACGAGCCCAGCCCGAAGGCGCUGCUGCCCAUCGCGAACAAGCCCAUGCUAGAAUAUCCUCUCAUCUGGAUAGAACAGUCUGGCAUUAGAGGCACGCCUUACUCCGAGACGUCAUUUACUACCCCUUAUACUUCCGACGCUUCCUCCGCGUUUCCGACAUUGCGGAUAGAUCUUCAGACAUAUGACGAGUCUCAAGGUCUCAGCGUUGGAACUUGCACAAUCCUGAGACAUUACGCUCAUCGAAUUCAGCGCGAUUUCGUCCUACUUCCUUGCGACUUUGUUCCGGCGCCUUCAUUCUCGCUCACGCAAGUUCUCAACAAAUUUAGAACGGAAUCUACUUAUGAUGGCGCGAUUGCUACCGCGUGUUUUUUCGAGGGCCGUCGCCCAGACAAGAGCAGCAGCACAGACGAGUGGGGUGCCCUACCUACGCCUAUUCCUAUCGUGUGGGAUGAGCGUACGGGGACCCUGCUGCAUAUUGAGACUCCGGAUGAUAUAGAUCGAAAUGGGGAAGAAAUGGAACUGAGGAUGAGCCUGCUUACCCGCUACCCUCGGGCACGAUUAUCUGCUACUCUGCACGACUCUCACGUCUAUGUAUUCAGGCGACAAGUCCUGGAUGCAUUGCAGCAAAAAAGCCGUUUCGACUCGUUGCGCGAGGAGUUUGUACCCUGGCUUUGUAAACCUCAAUAUCAGCGUAGCAAGCAAGAAAAAUAUGGCCGAGUUCUAAGCCCUUCCACAAAUACCCUCACGCAAGGCAUUGCCCUACGGCAUUCUACCCUUCAUUCUAAGUCACCUGGACACCAUGAUACGGAGGAGGAUUUUCUACGCAGUCCCCCGUCUGAUGGUCAAAAUGAAGAACAUUCACGAUCCGUAAAUCCAUUGCUCAUAGAUGGAGAAGAUGACGACGAAGCCCUUGAUAGUCUCCGAGUUGGUUUAGUUGUGCUCCGAGCGAACACGGAGUAUGCUGCCCGAGCCAACAAUCUCCACGGUUACUUGGAACUCAAUCGACAUUUCCUCUCUCAGACAGUGUAUUCGUUGCCGACAGAUCCAGAGAGCCGCUCACUAAUUGAUCACAAAGCUCAAAUCUCAUCUGAUUCAAUGAUCGGACAUUCGACUAAGGUGGAAGAGCGCACGAGCAUCAAGAAAUCCAUCAUCGGAAAACACUGUGUAAUCGGGAAGAUGGUCAGAAUCACUGGAUGUGUUGUACAUGACCACUGUGUCAUUGCUGAUGGAGCGAAGCUUGACGGGUGUAUCCUAGGAAAAGGCACGAAGGUCGGGGAGAAGGCUGAGUUAACAAGAUGUGUAACACAAUGCGGCUAUGAAGUUAGUGCUGGUGAAAAUACCCGAAAUGAGAAACUUGACGUAUCCGAUUGGGCCGCAGCACCGGAAUCCAGCGAAGAAAAUGAAGAUGAGGAGGGCUCAGAGGAGGAUAGUGAGUAA